AAAAAAAAAUAAGAACACAACAGCAACAACAACACAAUGGCCGACACUGAAUUUGAGGAAUUCCAUCGACCAAUUUUCGAGACCCAUACAAUUCCCUAUACCAGCAGUGCUGUGAGUGGUGUUAAAAAAUCAAAUCCGCAUACCUUUUAUUCCCUCAUACCCAAUGAUGACAUCGAAGAUUCACCAUCUUCAAAAAGUGAUACAUCCGAUCAGGAGGACAAUAUCGACAAUUGCAAUAACAACAAACUGAAUCGCCAGGUGGAAGAUGAUGAUGGCCUCAAGGUGGUCUCAUUGUCCUCGGAUGGUUCAUUGGAUACAAAUGAUUCGUUCAAUUCGCAUCAUCAUCAUCCUCUCAAUCAUCAGGAUGCCAUUGGGGGUUUAGUGGGUAUUGGCUCCAGUAAUGCUCAUCAUCAGGCCAAUAAUGGGAGUGGUGGUGGUGGUGGCGGUGGAGGUCAGUUAUCUUCGGCCCCUUCACACAACAUGAUUAUAACCGGACUCAACAAUCAACAGCAGAGACGUCGCAGGAAAUUACCGGAAAUACCCAAAAAUAAAAAAUCUUCCAUUCUACAUCUUUUAGGUGGCAAUACUGGCGCUGGAGGAGGUGGCACCGGCUUCGAACAUUCCAAUUUGGCAGAUGAAAUGUCUUCGGUACGCAAUCGUAAUGGCCCCACAGCCGGUGGUGGCUCACAACAGGGCCGACAAAAUCAACGAUCAUUUCUUACGCUCAAACACAGUUAUCUACUCGACGAAGACUCCAGUCCCGAUUCGGAACGUUUACAGAGUCUAGGUGAUGUGGACAGUGGUCACAGCACUGCACAUUCACCCACCGAUUUCAAGAGCAUGUCGCCACAAAUCACUUCCCCCGUAUCGGAAUCGCCGGUGCCCCAGCCCUUCGGUGGGGUGCCAUUUGCUCAGCUGGAAAUGCUCGAGGCGACACAUCGCGGUCUGCACAAGUUUAUACCACGUCACAACGAUGAGAUAGAGAUCGAGAUCGGCGAUCCGGUCUAUGUCCAGAAGGAGGCAGAUGAUUUGUGGUGUGAGGGGGUGAAUUUGCGAACAGGUCGCCAGGGGAUAUUUCCCUCGGCCUAUGCUGUGGACUUGGAUUACAAUGAGUUCGAUCCGACGGUGCAGCAGGUGAAAAAGGAACGUUAUCUGUUGGGUUAUUUGGGUUCGGUGGAGACGUUGGCGCACAAGGGUACGGGGGUGGUGUGCCAGGCGGUGCGUAAGAUUGUGGGCGAAUAUGGUAAUUCGCCAACGGGUCAAGUGUGUAUAUUGGAAAUAUCGGAUCAAGGCUUGCGCAUGGUAGAUCGUUCUGGACCCAAUAACAAAAAGGACAAGAAGCCUUGCAUUGAUUAUUUCUACUCGCUUAAGAAUGUCUCCUUUUGUGCAUUUCAUCCAAGGGAUCAUCGUUUCAUUGGCUUUAUUACCAAACAUCCCACUGUGCAGCGUUUUGCUUGUCAUGUUUUUAAGGGAUCAGAGUCGACAAGGCCUGUGGCAGAGGCUGUUGGACGUGCAUUCCAACGUUUCUACCAGAAAUUCAUUGAGACCGCUUACCCCAUAGAGGACAUUUACAUUGAAUAGGUUAGUCAG